UGUUCUGUGAAGACGCUUGUCUCGAUGAGAUCCUGAACACAGAUGAUCUGAAGCAGCGUCACACUCUUCUGCUGGGAUCGAGCUCUUCUGGAAACUGGACUUUAGAGAAAUGAUGCUCAUCUUUGGACUGAUGCUGCUGCUGCAAACUGCUGCAUGUCUGGAUCAGUUCUGCAGGUUUGGUCAGUCUGAUCCCUGUUACGCAGCUCUGGGACACAAACUCAAUCUGCUGAUGGUGCUGAACACUAGUAAAUAUGACCUGAAGAUAAUAAAGAGAAUAAACAACACAAAAGAUGAUCCAGUUUGUAGAGUAAAGUAUGGCAGGAUGAGGAUGAGUGAAUGUGAUCUUUAUAAUAACAGACCUGAAGUGACAGUCAUUAAUGGGACUCUGAUAAUAAACCGUGUGAUCAGAGCAGAUUCAGGGAAUUACACAUUAACACUCGAUCGCUCAGACGGCACAGUAACAUCUGGAGAUCUUCAAGUGAUUGUUGAAGCUCCUAUUGGCUCAGUGGAAGUGUCAAGCAUCUGCUCCUCCAGUGGGGUGAUGAGGGUGUUCUGCUCCUCUGAGGGGGAUCAGCUCCUCUACAGCUGGACUCUGAAUGGAGAUCCACUGAUGGAUGGAAACAGCAGCAUUGAUCUGGAUGAGGGAACUGAUGGAAACAUCAGCUGCAGCGUGAAGAACCACGUCAGUCACGCACAGAAGACCAUUAGAGCCAAACCCUGUCCUGGAGCAAAUACUGCCACUGUGACCUCUAGUGUGACCUCUGCAGUGACCAGCAGCACACAGACAUCAGAAUGUGUGUCUGUGGUGUUUGUGCUGGUCUGGUGUUUCCAGCUGAUGGUUCUGUUGGGUCUGUUAGGAGCUUUUCACAUCUACAUGAGACACACGUCAGGAGAGAAACAGGAAGAUCAGAAAGUGAGGAAGAGAAGAUUUAGAGAAGGACAUGAACACACAGCAGAAGAUUCAUGAGAGCAGCAGCAGAUCAUCACAUCUAUGAGAAAUGACUUCAUAAUCUCACAGAUUCUCACAUUAAUCCAGCUUUUACCUGUCGACUGCAGAUCUUAUAAUAUAAAACCAAGAAAUUAAUUAAAACCAGGAGAUAUUAAUUAAACCAGAUUUUCUAUAGUUUUAGUAAUGAAGAUUAUUUUCUGGACGUUUGUCUUUUGUAACAGUUUAAUUGCUUAUAUUACUUAUUUGUCUUCACGCUUUGACUGAACUAGCAGUGCUUUUAUAUCAUUAGAUGAAACCCCUUCUGAUCAUCACUGAUAAAACUGUUAUUUCUCUGAA